AUGGUCUGCAAAGGAAAACAAUGGGCUCUCUUUAGUUUGAUUGCGAUUCUGUAUGAAUCCGAGGUGUCAUGCUUUCCGGCAAUGGUGCGGCAUCGUCGGGCUAUUCAAAAGCACCCAAUAUCCUUUCAAGCUUUAUCAAUGUCGGGACUAUUCGGUGAAGUGCAGGAAACCCAAAGAAGAAAGGACAUUUCGGAUACCUUGGAGUGGCAAAUAUAUGUGGAUCAAUCCAAAGCAUCGCUGGACAGAGGUGCCGUGGCGACCUUGGAUGCCUUUUGUGGACUAGCUACAGAGCGAGUCCAAAUCAUUCCCGCCAUACUACCAAAAUCCAAACAUCGGUCUCCAUGGGUCCGGUGUAUGUCGACCAAGAUUGGGAGCACCAACAUUGAUGUCGGAAACGUGGACUCUGUGGACAAGGUAUAUCGGAUAUUGUCCAAACAUCUCAAGGUAGAAAAUGUCAGUAAAGCAACCUGUAAUUGCCUAAGAUGGAAGUACGAGGGGAAUAGCUAUUUAGAACAAGGAAACUUGGAUCUAGCUAUUGAUGCCUACAAUCAAGCACUGAGUAAUAAGCCUAGCACCAGCAUGAUGGGCAAGCAAGAUGGUGUCAUAUUACUGCUGCGGGCAUCUGCCUUUUUGAAGCGAGCACAAGCAAAAAAGAGGAAAUUGACGAAAAUCACACAAGAUUGGGUAGUUCCAGAUGUUCAAGAGCAACAAGAACUUUUUUUGGCCUCGUGUAAUGGAGGUCUUGGCCUAGCCAACUCGGUUCUGAGACAAAUUGAAAUCGAUGGAAUGAAACAAAAGCAAACCAUGCAGCAAAUUCAAUACCACCAUGGUCUGUACCAAUAUGCCUUGCUUCGGGCAGCCAAAGAUGCACUUCGAGGGACAGAAAUCCUUCCCAAAUAUCCAACUUCCUUUUUACGAGCAGCAGAAGUGCUCAGUGAGCUGUGGAAUCUAGGAGAAAGUCGCCGGUAUCUAGAACGGGCCUUGGCACUUGAUGCCACCCUGGAAAAAUCUGUGACCAAGUUGCUAGAACGUCUGGAACGACGGCAACAAAUUCUGGAUAAAGCCAGAGCCACUCAAGAAUGGCCGGAUGAUAGUUUACGACUUGCGUUGGAUAUUGCGGCAUAA